AUAAAUAAAAUUAAAGUUAUAGUUAAAGUGAUGAAAAUGAGGUUUUCUCUGAUUUUUGUUUUAAUUUUUUGUGCUUACGUAAAAUCAAGGAGUGUAAAUAAUAAAAAUGGCGUACCUAAAACACCAUUUGACGAGAAAAAUAAAGAUCACUGGAGGCUGCAGGCGCAAUGGACCUUAAGAUCAAAGAUAUCAAAACCGCAAAAUAAAAACAUAGCCAAGAACAUAAUCCUGUUCCUUGGUGAUGGUAUGAGCAUCACCACCCUGGCAGCUACCAGGGUCUACUUGGGUAGGAAGUACGGCCUCACGGGGGAGGAGGUGAAACUAAGCUUCGAGUCGUUCCCGCAUACUGGGUUAGCUAAGACGUAUUGUGUAGAUCACAAUGUAGCAGAUUCAGCUUGCAGCGGAACAGCCUACCUCAGUGGGGUGAAAGCCAACAGUCAGACUGUAGGACUUAGUGCUGCUGUCAAACGAGGGGACUGUGAGGGACAGCGCAAUGCUGCUAAUUCUGUUACUGGCUUGACUGAUUGGGCACAGAAGGCCGGGAAGGCUACAGGUAUAGUAACAACCACGCGGGUCACGCACGCGACGCCGGCGUCUGCGUACGCGCACUCCGCUGACCGACGGUGGGAGGCAGACGCUGACCUGCCGAAGCAAGGCCUGCGCUGUGACGACAUCGCGACGCAACUCGUGAGAGGUCGUGUUGGCAGUCAUGUUGAUGUUGUCUUUGGUGGCGGUAGAAAGAACUUCAUGCCAAAAACAGAAAAGGAUAACAAAGGUCAACCCGGAUACAGGCGUGAUAACAAAAACCUCAUUAGAGAAUGGCUCCUUACAAAAGAAUCAUUGGGAUACAAACCCACGUAUAUAAGGAACAGAAAAGAAUUGUAUAAUCUAGAUGUCGAUAAAUAUAAUAGCGUUCUAGGAUUGUUUUCACAUGAUCACAUGCCAUAUCAUCUAGAGGCUGAUGAUGAUGAUCCAAGUCUCAGUGAAAUGACACAGAAAGCUAUUGAAUUGCUGUCUAGAAAUAAGAAUGGAUACUUCCUGUUUGUCGAAGGUGGUCGUAUAGACACAGCUCAUCACGAGACCAAAGCCCGUAAAGCUCUCGACGAAACCUCAGAAUUCGCGAAGGCAGUUGAGAUGGCCCUCCGCCUGGUGAAUACAGAGGACACCCUCGUCAUUGUGACGUCAGACCAUAGUCACACGAUGACGUAUAGUGGCUACAGUGAACGGGGCACUGAUAUUUUGGGCCUGGUUAAUAAUAAUAAGGUGAACGCUUCUGACGAUCUCCCCUACACCACUCUGAGUUACGCAAAUGGCCCUGGUUAUAAGCCCCACGAAUCCUUUAGGAGACACAACCUUAUGUUAGAUGAUAUGAACAGCUUGAACUACACAUACCCAUCACUGGUCCCAAUACCCCGGGAGACCCACGGGGGUGAAGAUGUCGCUGUCUUCGCUAUUGGUCCCUGGUCCCAUAUUUUUAGCGGGAAUUAUGAACAAAACUACAUUCCUCAUGCCAUAGCAUAUGCAGCAUGCAUCGGUUCGGGCUUGACCAUGUGUGAAUUAUGAUAGACAUUAUUAGAUAGGUGUUAUUAAUUUAUUGAUUUUUAUCGAUAUUGUGCUCAAUUGAAGGGGGGGAAAUUAGGUAUACUGUAUUAGAAUAAUGCUGUAUUAUAAUGUAGGCUCAGGA